CCCUCGGGCACCCAGCCCAGGAGUGGCAGACUCUGGGGAAGGCCCCAGGCCCCACACACCAGAGGGCAUUUUGAUCUCCAGAUGCGGACGCUAUUGCAGUCGCAUCUGAUUCUGGAACUCCAUCCCGGAGUGGGGUUCGAACUGGUGGGAGCCAAGUGGCCGACUCCCGGUUAACAACAGUCGGGCCGCGCCGCCGCUGCACGCCCGGCCCGCGGAGCUGCCGGCUGUCCACCUGGAGGGGCGCGGAGAGCCGCGGCCAGGCGGCCGCCUGCGCCCGCGCGGGGCUCAUUUUAACUGUUGAUUACAUCUUCAUGAAGACUCACUCGUGUGUCCCUCAUACGUCUCAUUUGUAAUUGAGACUAAUGAUUACAGUGGUGCGGGGAGGAGCAGCUGCUCAUUAAUUAAUUUCUAAUUAAAAGUGCCUCCCGUCCUCGGUGACUAAGGAGAAACGCUGCUCUUCGCGUUGAUCUCGACUCCGCGGAUGAAAUUCAUUUGCUAAAGCGUGUUGGCCCCUCCGCGUGCCCCGCCCGGCCGUGCCGCAGCCGAGUGACCCGUGUCGGCGGCCAGGCCGGGCUGCGGAGUGGGCUGACGUCAGAGCUUCCGCCGCUUAAAGCCGCGCACAUCUGACUUGACGGGUUCGCGAGACUGGUGUUUUUUUUUUCCUUUUUUGCAAAAUAUGUAUUUGUGUCGCCACUGCGAGGCCGGUCGGUCCCAAAGCCCCCUCGAGGCUCUGGAUUGCGAAGCUAAAAGGAUCGCGGCUGCCGCCGCGGCUCACUCUCCAACCGGGUUAGGAAAGUUUGCUGAGCGUGUGGAUGAACUAACCCGCUCUCCUGCUUCGCCCCCAGCGCCUAGGAGCCGGCGGCCGGGGAGCAGUGGCCGCACCGCGCCGGCCCCCGCGCAGGACCCUGCCGGCCCGCCCGCCGGCCCCGGGCCGCGCUCGCCAUGUCCUAUCCGCAGUUUGGUUACCCCUACUCCUCGGCACCCCAGUUCCUGAUGACCCCCAACUCCCUGAGCACGUGCUGCGAAUCCGGUGGCCGCACGCUGGCCGACUCCGGGCCUGCCGCCUCGGCCCAGGCACCAGUGUACUGCCCGGUCUAUGAGAGCCGGCUGCUGGCAACCGCGCGCCAUGAGCUCAACUCGGCCGCGGCGCUGGGCGUCUAUGGGGGCCCCUAUGGCGGCUCGCAGGGCUAUGGCAACUACGUGACCUACGGAUCCGAGGCCUCCGCCUUCUACUCGCUGAACAGCUUCGACUCCAAGGACGCGCCAGGAUCUGCGCAUGCGGGCCUCGCGCCCGCCGCCGCCGCCGCCGCGGCAGCCGCCGCCUACUACCCCUACGAGCCGGCGCUGGGCCAGUACGCUUAUGACAGGUACGGCACCAUGGACAGCGGCACACGGCGCAAGAACGCCACGCGGGAGACCACCAGCACGCUCAAGGCCUGGCUGCAGGAGCACCGCAAGAACCCCUACCCCACCAAGGGCGAGAAGAUCAUGCUGGCCAUCAUCACCAAGAUGACCCUCACGCAGGUCUCCACCUGGUUCGCCAACGCGCGCCGGCGCCUCAAGAAGGAGAACAAGAUGACAUGGCCACCCAGAAACAAGUGCGCGGAUGAGAAACGGCCCUAUGGGGAGGGCGAGGAGGAAGAGGGGGGAGAAGAGGAUCCCCGGGAGGAGCCCCUCAAGAGCACUAAGAGUGAAGAGCCCCUUGGCAAAGAGGAGAAGGAUCUUGAGCUCAGCGACUUGGAGGACUUCGACCCGCUGGAGACGGAGCCCCAGGAGUGCCAGUUGAAACCGCCAUUCCCGCCCCUGGAAGGUGGCCUGGAACGCAUCCCCGCUGCGCCUGACCGCCCCAGUGCCCCUGGAAAAGAGGCCUCAGGCACCCACCGGAUGCCCCUGGCCACCGAUGGUGGGUCCGCCCUGGACCAGGACCUGGAGAGGGCCCGGAGCUGCCUCCAGAGUGUGGUGGCGGGGCCGGAACAGCAACCGGGUGCCGGCGGCGGCCCGCAGGCCUGCGAGGCCAAGCUGGGGUUUGUGCCGGCCGCGGCAACUGCGGGCCUGGAGGUCAAACCGCGCAUCUGGUCCCUGGCGCACACGGCUACUGCAGCCGCCGCCACCCACCUGAGUCAGACUGAGUUUCCCUCGUGCAUGCUCAAGCGCCAAGGGCCCGCCGCCCCUGCGGCCGUCUCUCUGGCGCCCCCCUUGUCCUCACCUGCAGCCCCGUCCCCCGCCAGCGCCCUGGACAGGCACCAGGACUCCCCGGUAACCAGUCUCAGAAACUGGGUGGAUGGAGUCUUUCACGACCCCAUCCUCAGGCACAGCACUUUGAACCAGGCUUGGGCCACUGCCAAGGGUGCCCUCCUGGACCCGGGGCCCCUGGGCCGCUCGCUAGGGGCCGGAGCCAACGUGCUGACGUCACCCCUCGCCCGCACCUUCCCUCCCGCCACGACCCAGGACUCCCCUGCGGCGGGCGCCACCAAGGAGCUGCUGGCCCUGCCCAAAGCUGGUGGGAAGCCCUUCUGCGCUUAAUUCCGCGGAACCACAGGGCCCAAGAGGGAGGCUUGCACGUCAAAGACUUUUUCUAACACGUUUCCAAAGCCUGGCGAGAGCGCAGCGAUGCUCAGGCGGCCCACCCGCCCUGGAGGGAGGAUCUGAACUCUGUCUCCAGGAACCACGGACAAACCCCUAGAUCUGUCGCGCCAGGUCCACCGACCACCCUGGCCAUUCCCAAACUCGGGGGCUGGGGCCCGGUGGGAUGGGGCUGCGCCCAGAGCAGAAGGCAGCCGCCCUGAAGCAUAAAGUUUACGUCCAAAAGUUUACAUGGAGAGGCCGGUUUAGUUCCGAGGCUUUGUUUAUGUCGCUGUCAUCUGGGUGUGAGGCAUGCCCGUGCCCUGUCUGAGGACCCCUCAGCCUAUUGACCUGCUUUCAUCCUCAGCACAUAAUUCUCACCCGAAACACUUCCCCGAAUUUACACUAUUGCACACUCUUAACUUGAUAAAAUUAUGUUUUUUAAAUGUAUGUCCACACCAGUGAUUGCCUGCGUCAGAGGCUGAUAUAACAAAACCAAUAAAACGGAGUGAUGAUG